AUGAACCCACCGAUGGACAGCAACUCCCUCCAACAGCAGCAUAUGGUUAUGAUGGGUCAGAACGGCCAACGCAUAGCCUUUGAUCCCAAUAAUAUGUCGGACGAACAUCGCGCCAUUUUCGAGGGUCAGAUCCGGUUGCAACAGGCCCAGCAACAAGCUCAGGCUCAGCAGCAGGGGCGAGAAGCGAAAGUCGCUGGCCAACGGACACUUGGAGUGGCCACCCCUCAGCAGACGCCGAGGCAUAUGAUGCAGCACCCACAGCUUCUCCAGAGCCUCCAAGGUCAGGGGAUCCGGCAGGUCAUGACUGCCCAGGGGACAGUCAUGUUUCUCGAUACCCAGGGCCGCCAGGUUCAUAUCAACCAAGGCUGGCAGGGCGACCCCCGGCAACCGAUGACAAUGCAGCAACAGCAGUCGAUGACUCAACAACAGCAUCACGCUAUGCAGCAGCAACAACACUUGAUGGCGCAAAUGCAGCCUCAAAUGCAACAACAACAACAGCAGCAGCAGCCCCAACAGCAACAGCAAAUGGCUCAACAGCUGUAUACUCCUCAGCAAACGCAGAUGAUGCAGAGGCCUCAAGUCAUGCACCAGCAACAGGCCUUGCAAAAUCAGCAAGCUGCCCAGCAGCGUGCGUCUCAGCCGCCUUCUGUCCGGCCGCCUGCCGCGUCUUUACCCACGCCGAGCCUGCUCCAAGUGCCCCCGCCACCGGUCAUGAAACAGAGGCCGGUGCACGAUGCUUCGCGGAGUGCUUCUCCGAUGCCCCCGCACAUGCGCAUGCCCCAGCAGCAACACCCACAACCUGCUACUCAUAUGCAGCCAAGCAUCUCUGCUAUUGCUGGCGUGGGUCAGUCUCCUGCCAUAUUGCCUGCUCGUGCCUCGACAAUCCAACCAUCCAUGUCUGAGAAUCACCUGCAACGGCAAUCUGUCCCUCCUCAGUCCCAUCCCCAACAAGCUGUCGAUCAAACCAUCACUAUUCCGCCUCAGCAAACGCCUCAGCUUGAGCCCAUGCGGUGGUCCAAGACGAUGGUUCUCUCAUCGCAGCAACGGCUGGAGCGGUGGAAACAAAAGACGGCGAGACUUGAAAGCAUGCUCGCGGAUGCCAAGCUUGGGCUGGCCGAGAUGGAGAAGGAAGAGCAGGAUGGGAAAAAACGUGCAGAGAGUCGGGCGACGGAUCCGAAAGCAGAGUUUGAGAGGGAAGUGUUGGGCUAUCUGAGACGAGCGGGGUAUGAGAGCGCGGUGGCUGCAUUGGAGGGCGAGAUGAAGCAAUCGGCGGGUGAGAAGGAAGUCAUCAAGUCGUCGCCCAAAAGCUCGCCCAAUGCCACUGCGCAAGCGAGCUCUUCCACGCCUGCUGAGCCGAAUUCGGCAAAGGAAAUGCCAGAGACAGACUCGAUAUUCGGGACAGAGGUGGAACAGGAGGGGAGGAUGGACGUGGACAAAGAGAAGGCGGAGAAUGGGGAGGCUUCAAAAGACCUGGGCGAGCUGUUUACCUGGUGGAUACUCUAUCAAGACACUCGUGUCCUCCUGGCCAACAAACCGCAUCUUUUCCAGCCUCCAUCAUCGCUUGCCGUCACAUCGGCCCAGCCAGACUCGUCAUCAGCUACUGCCAUCGCCAUCUCGGCCCCUUCCAGCGCCCGACCGCACCCUGGCCAGCAUCUCAACGGCGUUGUACCAAACGAGGCUCAACUGAAGCUGCAACAGGCCGAGGAGAUGAGGCAGGCUCAGCAGGCGCACAUUGCUGCUCAGCAGGAGAGCCUCAGAAGACAGGCUGCAGGGCAAAAUCAAUCUCAACACCAGCAACCUGGCCAACCUCAGCAUCAACCUGAACAAAGGGUUCUGGUGCAGAUUGGGGGCCAGAAUCAUUCUCUCACCCAGGAAGAGUAUCAACGACUCGUUCAGCAGAAUCAACAGCAACAGCAGUUCCUUGCUCAGCAGCAGCAACACCAACAGCAGCAGCAGAUGAUGAUGUCCAAUGGGCAGAUGUAUCCCGGGCAAGUGCAACAUCCGCACUCUUCACCUUCAAAGAGAAAGAGGGAGCUGGAGGAAGCGGCCGCGGCGAACAAGCAUCCGAAGAUCGGUGGGCAACAACCCACCCCGGAAGAGCACAGGAAGCAAGCGAUGGAUCUGGCUAGAUCUGUUUCAGGGCAAAUGACACCCCAGAUGGGUCACAACUAUGAUCCCGACCAGUCACCCGCCGGGCAACUUUCCGACCGACGCACAAGUCUUUCUGAAGCUCAACGGCAGUACGCCGCGACACAGGCAGCCUAUGCUCGCCAAAAUCUCGAGCGCACCAGUGUCGGCAACUCUCCAGCUACUUUCAACGGUGUUUCACCCGCUCAACUCGGACAGUCUCCUAUGGACGGCUCCCCUGCGCAGGGGCACGAUGGCGCCAACGGUAUCAAUCAAGCUCCAACCCCCGCUAGUGCCAAGGGCAAGAAGGGCAAAAGUGCUCUUGUGAUCGACACGGAAGCUACCCCUGCAGAGUCUGACACGCCUCCCUCGGCCACUCCCAGAGGUCGCAAGACCCCCGGUACAGGCAAACGACCACCGAGAGCAGCGGCCGAGAAGACUGUCAAGGGCAAGAAGGGCAAGCGGGGCACUGCAAACAAUGCGACUGGUUCUACCCCGGGUCAAGAGGGUGAAGAGCCACAAACACCGGCGGUGGCUCAGACUCCUGGAUCCACUCAGACACAGGUGUAUCAACUGCCUGCCCAGACACCGUCCGAAGAGCAGCCGCCUCUGGAUCCCCAGUUGACAUCGUCGGCGGUGUCGCAACCGGAUCCAGCACAGAUUCCUGAUCAGUCUCAGCCCCCACAGCCACCUUCACAACAUCAAGGACUUCCACCAAGCCACAACCAGUUCGAGGCACCGGCAUUCGAGUUUGACGACUCGAACGAUCUGUUCAAGAUGCUGGACUUUAGUGGAGGAGAAGGAGGUGGCGGAUUCGACGGCGCAGAUGUGUUCAAUUUUGAUGGCUUCGCAUUCCCCGGCGUCGGCGGCGAAGGGCAGGAAGACUGGCAGGCUGUCGAAAGCUCUUCCAGAUAA